AAAAUUAAAUGUUCCUGCUUUUACACUGAUCUAUACUGCUUGACACAAACGAGAAUCAUAAACGGAUUUCAGUUAAUAUGUUUUACAAGUUUUUAUAUAUGUGGAGGCAUUUUAUUACAAUAUUAUUAUAUUAUGUCAUAAAAAUAUAAUAGUGAAAACAUCGAAAAUAAGACUUAACAUUGUUUAUCUAAUGGACAAAUUAGAGAAAAUUACGAAUUACGAAUUUUUUAUUAUGAUAGUGUUAUAAGGUUAUAGAAAAAAUGAGAUUUAAAUAAAUUUUUUUCUUUCAUAAUGAGGAAUAAAUAUUUUGGACAUGGAUAUAAUUAAUAUAGAAGAUGUGGAAACUGGUGUUCGUUCAUCUAAAAAUUCUACUUCAAUACAAUGCAAUUGUAUCCAUUCAAAUUCAAUAUGCUAUAUUGCUGUAACAAUUGCUACUCUGGCUCUUUUGGGUGCAAUCGUUUUUAUCUGCAGAGAUUAUAUUAAAGUGUUACUUUAUUGGAUUGAACAUCAGAAUAUAUGGAUCGUUACUGUAAUAUUCAUUGCAUUGUUCACAGUGGUCUCAUUCCCUAUUGUAAUUGGUUAUUUAUUUCUUAUUAUUGCCAGUGGUUAUCUGUUUGGCAUAUUAAGAGGUAUUGUCAUGGUAGUAUUAUCUGCCAACUUGGGAAUAGCUAUAGCACAUGUAACUCUUAGUUUGUUAUCAUCCAAAUUACCUAUUGGAACUCUUAUGCAAAAUGAUACUGCAAGAGCAAUUCUCAGAGUUAUAUCUGGAUCACAAGCUUUCAAAGUUGUGUUACUUGCAAGAUUAACUCCUAUUCCUUUUGGUCUGCAAAAUACAAUUUUUGCGAUAAGUAAUAUGGGUGGCAUUCAAUAUCAUAUAGCUAGUGCAUUAGGAUUAUUACCUGCUCAGAUCAUCAAUAUUUAUUUGGGCAGUAGUUUAAGAUCUAUGCAAGAUGUUCUUGAAGAUAAAUCAACAGCAGCAACUAGUUAUAUUGUCUUCUGUUUCCAAAUUCUAAUAGGUAUUUCAUUGAUGGUAUAUGUUGUACAAAAAGCACGUAGAGAACUUCAGCUAGCAUUAUUAGAGGCUGAUCUUGCCUCAAUGGCUGAUACUUCUCAUUAUCUUCUUGAUACAUUACCAGAUUCUAAAAUUGUUUUAACAAAUCUAAUUGCCUAAAAAUGGAAAUUUUUUUUUGAAAAUGAAAAAACUUUUUCAUUGCAUGUUUCAUAUUUAAUAAUUUUAUUUACUUAAAGAAAAAUAGAAAA